CCCUUUUCCCUGUUUUUGUGUUCUUCUGUGUGUUUUUAUAUUGGGGGACUUAAAGAAAUACUCUAUUGUUUUUGUCACCAUGGACUCAAAGAUUUAUGGUGUUCCACUUUCUACAACACAAGGGAGCCCACCUGCAAAUGUCCCUCUUUUCACUUCAACAGGUAUUAGAGCUCCUAUUACUAUUGAUGAUUCUGACUUUGAAUACUCUAUCUCUGCUAAUGGACAAAAAAAUAGUAGUAGUAGUUAUUAUGGUAGUGACUCUGAAGGUUUUGUUAGUGGUGAGGAGGAUGAGUUUGAAACUGCUUCUGAAAGGUUAUUUCUGUCUGACCCAGAUGAGCAAAAUCUUGAAAAAACUCAUUUUGGUAAUCAAUUUGUUGUUUCUAGACCAUUUGUGAAAAACCCAGAUGAAGAAAUUGUUGAAAGAGGUAGUAGUGUGGGGGAUUAUGAUGAUUCUAGGUCUUCUUUAACUGACCCGUAUGCAGAAGAUGAAUAUAGGGAUAGACCUUUUGUUGUAGAUAGGGGAAUUGAUGAAGGACAUGGUGAAUUUAGUGAUAGUCCUUUUGUUGUGGAUGAGCUAGCUACAGGGGCAUCGAUGGAUGGGUCUGAUAAAGAGGGAACUAGAGUUGUUGAUAGUGCAAUUCGAGGCAUUCCAAUUGCACAGUUGUCCUGGGAUAGUGAAGAUGAUGAGUACUUGAGUACUGGUGUUCUAGAAGACAAUGAUGUUUCAGGUGUCUUUAGAAUUCCGAAUGCAGUGGUGUUGGAUAGGUUAGAUAGUGCUCCAAAAGUUAGAAUCUCAGAUGUUUCGGAUUAUGAAUCAGAGUCUGAGAAUGCGAUACAAUCUGGGAUGGAAGAGGACUUGAUCUUUACAAAAAAUGUUGAGAUGGUUUUGGGUUCCGACAGUAAAGAAGAGGAUAAAGUUGAAGUUGACACUGUUCAGAAUUUCAUAACGGAGGGAGGUGCGGCCAAUGAUACUUUAGAAGGAGGAAAAGAUUUGUAUCAGGUUGCAAGUAAAGAAUCUACUUUGUUGGGACAAGAGUUGGACAAUGAUGAAGAGCUUUUCGCAGAAGAAAGCCAAAUUCUUGAUAGUAGUGUAGAGGCAAAAAGUGCAGAUUCGUCUCGUGAUGUUAAGCCUUCUGAUACUGCUUACUCCAUCCCAAGGGAAGAAAAUAGAGUAUCAAAAUUUAGAGCUGAUGAAUUGAACUCUGGAAACAUCAUCUUACUUACUGGAGCUUCUGGGGACAGUCAGAAAUCAGAAAGUAAGGAGGAUGGGGUUUAUCAAGGAAGUGAUUGUCAGGAUAUUGCCACUAGAACUGAAACCGAAUCUUAUCAUGAACCCAUCAAGGAUAGUGAAGCUGAGAGCUUGGAGUGCACUGAUAUUUCAGUACCAUCAACAGCUGAAGAACAAGUAUAUUCUUCAUCAGAUGUAACUUUGUCCUCCAGAGCUGAAGAUGAUCUACCUAAGUUAUCAGAUAAAGCACAACACAGGGAGGCUUGUUUAAAUCCAGACUUAGAAGCCAACUGCAAUGACAUUGAUACAGUCAAAUUGUUCAAAAAUGAAGAAGUUCCAUUCUUACAUGAAAAUGAUGAAAGUUUGAUCUUUGAUGGAUCCUGUGGUAUGAAACUUAUCAUUGAUCAGUUGGACCAACAAAUAGCCACUGCCGACUACGAUGGAGAGGUUUCUGAGGGUCAUUUACCAAAGGUUGAUGGUGAGUUAGUGACUGACUCAGAUGAAGAGGUAGAUACAAACGAAGAAAGUGAAGAGAGUGAGAUGUUUGAUGCAGAAGCACUAGCUGCGUUGUUGAGGGCUGCUACCGGUGUUGGGCCUGAAGGUAGAAAUGUUUCAAUUCCGUCAGCUGAUGGUACACGGGUUUUUUCUCUGGAGCGUCCGGGUAACUUGGGAUCCACAUUUCACUCGUCUAGACCUGGUCAGCCAACCAGUGCAGAUAAGUUUCCCCUAUCUGAGAAUAAGACUGAAGGUAUAUCAGAAGGGAUAUUGAGUGAAGAAGAAAAGAAGAAGCUUGAGAAAUUACAACAGUUAAGAGUAAAAUUCUUGCGGCUCAUCCACAAACUAAACCGGUCUCCUGAAGAUUCCAUAGCUGCACAGGUCUUAUACCGGUUAGUUCGCGCUGCAGGGAAGUCAGCCUCUCAAGUAUCAAGCCUUGACUCUGCCCAGAAGUUAGCUAUGGAGUUAGAAGCAGAGGAUACAGACAGUUCGAAUUUUUCUCUGACUAUCCUGGUUAUUGGUAAAACAGGAGUUGGUAAGAGUGCAACAAUAAACUCUAUCUUUGGUGAAGCCAAAUCAAUGGUUGAUGCAUUUGUACCUGCGACUACCAAUGUGAAGGAGAUAAUUGGACAACUGGAUGGAGUUACAUUGAACAUCUUGGAUACUCCUGGUUUCAGAUCUUCCCUGACGGAGCAAUCCAUUAACCGAAGAACUUUGUUGUCCAUAAAGAAAUAUAUGAAGAAAUACAGUCCUGAUGUAGUCCUCUAUGUCGACCGCAUUGACACACAGUCUAGAGAUCUUGGUGAUCUAUCAUUAUUGAAGUCCAUCAGUAGUUAUCUUGGUCCAUCAAUAUGGCGUAAUGCCAUAGUUACCCUGACACAUGCUGCUUCAAGUCCUCCAGAUGGACCCUCGGGGUAUCCUGUAAGCUAUGAAAUGUUUGUUGCUCAGUGCUCCCGUAUCAUUCAACAGUUAAUUGACCACUCCAUAGGUGAUCCACACACGAUGAAUGCUGGGUUGAUGAGUCGUCCGUUUGCUCUUGUUGAAAACCACCCAGUCAGUCCAAAGAAUGACAAAGGAGAAAUAUUGCUUCCAAAUGGAGAAAAUUGGAGAUCGCAGCUUCUGCUUCUGUGUUACUCAAUAAAGAUUUUAGCAGAAGUAGAUUCCAUCAUGAAAGAUCAAGAUCUUCAUGACCACAGAAAGCUUUUUGGCUUCCCCAAGCGUUCACUCCCUUUACCAUACUUUUUAUCUUCACUGUUACAAUCAAAUGUUCAUCCUAAAGUCUCUAACAAUCAAGUUGGUGAGGAUAUGGACUCAGACAUUGAGCUGGCAUAUUCAUCUGAUUCCGAGCAAGAAGUUGAUGAUUACGAUGACCUUCCACCUUUCAGACCUUUGAGGAAAUCUCAAAUUGCUAAGCUAAGCAAGGAGCAGAAGAGAGCAUAUUUUGACGAGUACGAUUACCGUGUGAAGCUGCUUCAGAAGAAACAAUGGAGGGAGGAGUUGAAAAGGCUUCGGGACAUGAAGAAGAAAGGCAAGGCAGAGAUAGGUGAUUACAUGGAAGAAGGUGCUGACCAGGAAACAGGGAGCCAGGCAGGAGUAGCAAUCCCUUUACCUGACAUGGUGCUCCCAAAUUCUUUUGACGGGGACAACCCAACUUACAGAUACCGGUAUUUAGAACCUUCGUCUCAACUUCUUGCCAGGCCUGUUAUGGACUCCCAGAGCUGGGACCACGAUUGUGGAUAUGAUGGUGUGAGCAUUGAGGAUCACCUCGCCAUUGCUGGUCAGUUUCCUGCAGUAAUAGUUCUUCAGCUCACAAAAGACAAGAAAGAGUUCAACAUCCACUUGGAUUCAUCUGUUUCAGCAAAGACGGGGAAGAAAGGAUCAAGUAUGGUAGGGUUCGACAUUCAAACUGUAGGAAAGCAACUUGCCUAUAUUUUGAAGGGAGAAACAAAAGUGAAAAAUCUGAAAACGAAUAAAACAGCUGCAGGGGUAUCCAUUACUUUCUUGGGCGACAAUUUAGUGACAGGAUUGAAAUUGGAGGACCAAUUUUCCAUUGGUAAACAGUUAGUUGUGGUGGGAAGUACUGGCACCAUCAUGUCUCAGGGUAAUGCAGCAUAUGGAGCCAACUUAGAGUUGCGUCUGAGAGAGAAAGAUUACCCUGUUGGACAGGACCAAAGUUCACUCGGCCUUUCUUUGAUGAAAUGGAGAAAUGAUCUCAUAUGGGGAUGCAAUCUGCAAUCUCAGUUCUCUGUUGGAAGGAAUUCUAAGAUUGCUGUUAGGGCCGGAUUAAACAGCAAGAAAAGCGGGCAAAUCACAGUUAAGACAAGCACUUCAGAUCAACUACAGAUUGCUAUUUUAGGACUUCUGCCAAUUGCUAGAGCAAUAAUGAUGACCCUUUUUCCUCAGACAAGUGGAAAGAACUUAAUGUAGUUGUUGUAUCGUAGACAAAUGCCAGUUGCACCUCCAUUUUUUUAAAAAAAGUUUGUAGUGGUAGUUUUCUUGUAUUUGUCCAUUCAAUCUCUGAAGUUCUCAAUAGAAUUUCUCCUUUCUAAUCAUGAGUUAUACUUA